AUGCCUCUUAUUCGUCCCAGGCAUGUGUUAUCCUUCAGCAGCGAAGAUGUGGUAAGUUCGAAAUGUUUCACUUUACUUGUGAAAAGCAGCUACAUCUAGAAGUUGAAUCAACAACUUCCCCUUCAUAAAUAAAAUCCUGAUUUCACAACUUUGUUAUUCCUAGACACAACCAGCACAAAACCUACUUAAAUCAGAAACGUAUAGGAAAUGGAGGUGUGCAUCUCCAGGAGAGAAACAAGCUUCUGUUAUUUUGGAGGUAAAUUUUGUGAAAAUGAUAUUUGUGUAACUUCAAACCCAUUGAGUGUCGGUGUUAUUUGUACUCUCUGUGUUAGGACUUAGCGGGCUCGCAUGGACUGGUAAUACUUUGAAUGCUCUUGUAUGAUUUUAAGAAUUGAAUGUUUUUUUUCCACUAUAGCUUGAGAAAGCAACGCAGAUACACUCCAUUGACAUAGGUUGGUACCUGUCGCUUCUUGAAGUAGGGAAUGAUAUAAUUGUUGCACUCAUUAAACUCUAAGCUUGAACUUGUUUGUAAUCUUUUUCCGGGAUGGUGUUGUUUAUAUCCUUACAAGAGGUCCUUUAAUUUGUUUCCAUGUUAGCUGCCAAACAUUUCUACCUAAGUUUGUUUAGAUUAUAUGCUCCAGUCAUCAAGUUUGUUCAUUUUAAUCAUCUGUCUGGUAGAUAAUAUAUUGAAAUCAUGAGGGGGGUUUAUCGCUUUCAGUUACUUCAACAUAAAUCAUUACUGUCUAGGUAACAAUGGUUCAGCACUUGUGGAAGUGUUAGUUGGAAGAUCUUCUUGGAGCCCUGAUGAACAAUUUCAGGUGAAGUCCAAGUUUUUUAAAUAAUUUUUUUGCUCUAGUUUUAUUCUGUUACAUUCUGUUUGUUUGUUUGUUUGUUUGUUUUCUUCUAUUGGAUACUACUAUGUACUCCAUCUUGUGCAGUCAAAAACAAGUGCACAGUUUUAGAUUUGGUUUAAAUGCUUCAAAUGACUGCAGUUUAUCAAUUGUUUGGAUAAAAAGGCAGCCAAUGAUAGGAAGCUUUGCUAGGGAAAAGGACAUGGAUAAUGGGAGACAAACCAGCAAAAAACGUAUAAUGGAAAAUUGAUUUCCAAGUGUUUUGAAAAUUUCAUUAAAAGAUCAUACAAGAUUUAAACCAGAUAUGAAGUUUAUUGAAUUACAUGACUGUAUCCAGAGGUGCAAGUUUUGAAUUUGAUGAAUUUUAUGUACUAUUUUUAGGUUCUUCUUGUUGCAUCGUCCUUUAUGAGCCCAGCUGAAAGUAAAUCCUUUACCAGUAUCAAUAGAGUGAGGAUGUUUGGUUAGCAUGAGCUAUCUAUUCAUCAUGUUUGAUUGCAUCAGAGUUUGGGUUUGGCAAAGAAUAUUUCAUUGUUCUACUGUUCUCUAGUAACCCUCUCUCAGAGGGGAACUUCGCCCUUUUUUUUUUAGUCAAAAACCUCAGUAUCAUUUAUUGCACCGGUAAACAUAUAGUAAUAGACCACUUUUUCUGUUGAUUUACUAGUGCAAUAACCUACCUGAUAUAGCGGGAGAACACAACCAAAGCUUGCAAAUCACCAGUCAGGGGCGGGUGAUUCACAAAGGUUUGUCGUGUUCUCCCAACAUCCAGCCUGGGCCAUUAAAUUGGUAAAAAGACAGUCAAACAUACUACAUUACAUCUUAUGACACAAUUGAUGAUUUGGUUCUAAAUCAACAGACUGUCUUAAAAUUGAUAAUUUUAAUUAUUCUUAUCACUUGCAGUUUUCUCCUUUUUAACCAGUAAAAUUAAUAGCUUGUAGAACCUCUCAUUACCACCUAAAAUCACUUGGACAUCUUAAAAGUUGAGCUGGUCAUUGCUCUACCCAGGUGAACAUUUAUUUUAAGUGUCAUGCUUAAAAUAAGGGAGACCACUGCACCUGUCUGCAGGACAUUGUUUUGAUAUGGUUAGGAGAAGUUACUUACAAAAUCUCUCUUGUGAUUUACAGAUUUAUGGUCACCCUACUUUCUCAGUUACUAAAUUAGGAUAUGAUUCCCAUGCCCAUGUCACUUUGAGCUUGUCUGAUUUUACCACUUUUCAUUUUUAUUCUAUUUGUUUUAUUUGAAAUUAAUUAUUAGACUUAAAAUACUCCUCUUCCUUCAUCAGGUGUUGAUAAGCUCUCCAAACCAGUAGCAACUCAGAAGUGGGACAGGGUCAAGUUGGUUUGCACCCAACCAUUUAACAAGGUAAUACACAUUGUUGGUUUUGGUAAUGAAAUAGAACCUAACCUUAACUUAACAGCAGAGGAAAAUAAAAAUGUAACAAAAAUAGAAAAAAAAUGCAAAACUAAUGAAAUCAUCUGUAAAAAAUUCCAAAAUCAAUAAAAAUUCCAAAAUGCAAUAUGUUAUAAUAGCUUUUUUUUCACCAUUCUUUAGAAUGAACGUUAUGGUCUGUCCUUCAUAAACCUCCAUUCUCCUCCUGAUGACAUGGACGAUGACUCUCAAGCCACAAAGGAAGCAAUGCCUCAUACUCCAGUGACAGUGAGUAUCAAAAAUCACCACUGUGACAAAGAACUUUUUGCUUCACAUCUCUCUGCAUGGCUCCUUGGCGAGACUUUUCAAUACAGAUUGAAAUAGUAUGUGAAGGAUUAUUUUCUUCUUUUAAAGUAGGUUAUAGCCUUACUUGUAUGCAAUCUUGAUUUCCAUAAAUAAAAAUUAAAUUGAACUUCACGAGAAUUUUGCAAGAUGUAAAUCCCUGAGAUCAAAAAAAGUAAAAAGUUCUACUCCUAUGUCGAAGCAUAACUCACUGCUUCACUCUGAUAAGAAUGCUUAUUAUGGGCUGCCAACCAUAUAAGCUCUCUUAAAUAACCAAUUUUUUUUUAGUGUAGGAUGUCUUUGAAGUCAAGCCAGUAGUUCUUAGAUUUAGUAAAUGUUUUGAUGUUCAAAUGUUCUUUCUGGUGAUAGGCUUACUUCUUUUGACAAAUAUGGUUCAUUUAUAUCAUGUUCCUGGCUCAUUCUUUAGCACAACAUGGCUAACUUUUUUUGAAAAGCUCUGACCAAUAUGAUCAUGAUUUCCCUUAAAAUCAUUUCAGGCUUCAAAGAGACUUGGACGUUUUACAUUAAAAGACGAUAGUGACACUGAAGAGAAAAAAAUUUCUUCUGGAAAUCUCUUUUUCAAAACAUUUCAAAAGAAAAGCUCUCCGCCAUCCAUGUCCACUGCAGCUGAAGUUCGAGCAGCAGCAUCAGCAGUCAUUUCUUCAGUCGACAAGAAAACAAUUGCUGCCAGCACUGCUCAGAAUCACAGGCACCCAUCAACAAAGGAUGGACAGUCAGGGGAUAGAGAGACACACUCAGUAGCCUCGGACAGACAACCAGUGGCCAGAGGCAGAGCAGACAAAAUUGGUGGUAGAUCUUCCCCAAAACCGGGCGAGAGGUAUUCUCAUAGGAAAACAAGCGAGGUAGGUUCUUACUUGAGAGUGAUUAAAAGUAUUUGGAAAUUGGUUUGUUUCUCUGUGCUCGGUAAUCGGUUAGAAGAGUUGCACCAGUUUUCCAUUCAGUUACUUGAUCAAUCACGUUUUCACGCGGUCAGGACGACUGUCUCCUUACGUUGAAUAAUCUUUUUGCCUCCGCAUAGGUUUUACAUUAUUUUGUUCUGUUCGGUCGUUGAAUUAACCAGCCGUGGUUCACUUGCCACUCGAGGAAUUUGGAUUUAAUUGUUAAUUUUUCACUAUUCUGUCUUGAAACCGCCCUCGAUUUUUACUAAUUGCUCGGGAUUUUUGCAUACUGAUAGAGUCGCGUUAUGAAGUAUUGUGCUAGGUGAACGCUUGUUAAUUGAAGUUUUUAUAUUUUUGUCUUUCAGAGCACCAAACGGAAGCAUGAAGAUUCACCAAAAGGGAAAAAUGAUAAUAAACCAGCACCACCAUCCAAGAAAAAAAGAGGUAAAAUGACAUAACCAGAGAUGAAUUUUUCAAAAUUGUUUCACCAUGACCGUCUGAAGAAGACCAGCAGUAUGCAGUCGAAAGGUCGCGAUCCAUAUCUGAAGCGACCACAUCGUGAGACAAACGCUUUUAUUUCUCUUUUGAUCUGUUAUUUACCAAGAUGAAAAACCACAACCUAUUUUACGACUGUAUUCAUUUUGACACCUCCACAACAUUUAUAGAAAAGGCAAACCGGUGACAAAAUUACCAGGCAAUAGAUAACUUUUUGCUGCUUUUUUUCAGACUCUCCUAUACGUGACGAAAGUUCUGUUCCUUUUGGUGAAAUUAUGGUAACGUUCGGCUUAAUUGUAAAAUCCACACUUCACGCUUCAGCUUGUUUGUGCUUUGACCUCAUUCUUAAACAAACAGUUUAUUAUAGGCUCUAAUGGGUCUCUUAUUGCUCCAUACAUUUGUUUUUUGGUUUCUUUAAGAAAGGCGUAGUGUUUGUUAUGAGUGGAUUUGUGAACCCUGAGCGAGGUAAUCUUCGCGAAAAGGCAUUGCAGAUGGGAGCGCAGUACAGACAGGACUGGGGAAAAGGAUGCACUCAUCUGAUGUAAGAGGCAUGCUGUGAUAAGUCGACUUAGCGAGCCGUACCCUGCUUUCUGCACGGUUACGGUUCUCUGACAUUUAAAACUGUUUUGUUGCCAAAGCAGUCUUGCUAUUGAUAGUACCUUUUGUAGAUGAAAAUGUUUAUCUUUCUUCUUCUUUACAUUCUGGGUUAAAAAGUGCUAAUGGGUGUACGACGGUUUCGAAAUGAUGCGUUUGGCUAUCGACGUGCGUCAGUCAUGUGAAACUGUUGGGUGUACUGAGCUAGAAAUUUUUUUUUCAAAGCCGUCAGACCUACAAUAGAGAUGUAGUAAUAUAUAUUUAGGCAUUAGCCUCGUCCUCGUACUUCUUACACUUUUUGCCCGCCUUCAAUUUUCAACUUACAGCGUGGACCUCAAACUUGGUUGAUAAGCCAGAGGUAUUCUAAAUUUGAACCUUUUUUGGCGCACGCUCUUACAGCAUCUCCGUCCACUCAUGAAUAAGAAUGUAGGAUCCUUUUCAACGAUAUUUUACUUUUCCGAAUCAAGGAUAAUCUGAAAAUGGUAAGAUCCGUAAAGAUACACGGUGUAGCAUAAAGGGACUCAAUGAAUUUUUAUAGCCCAUGUUUCUCCUUUUGUAGUUGUGCCUUCGCUAACACUCCAAAGUUCAACCAAGUAAAAGGUUAGUUGUUGUUUACGCUAAAUCUCAAGUAUGUGUCAGUGACUUAAGAAAUACAGUUGAGUUUUGGAUGCGAAGUUAACCUUCUGACUCAUGAUCGUCAGCAGCCUCUACUUUCUCCUUACAAUAUCACCACUGAAUCAAACAUCAGGUCAUGAGAAUAAAGGAAAUGAUCACCAACUAAACUAGGUCCUGGUGAUAUUAUGGUGUAAAGGUUAAAGUAAACAUAAGCAGGGUGCUAAGGGCUUCAUCCUUGUUGACGGCUGAAUUUUUUCAAUCUUCAUUUCAGUUCUGCAAUGACUUGAACUGCACAUAACCUACAAAGAUUUAUUCUUUACUUGUUAAAGGUCAUAAUGUGAUUUAUUUUGUUUGCACUAUUUUUUUUUCACUAAACUUCAGGGAAAGGAAAGAUCGUCACAAAAAAGUGGAUAACUGACUGUUUUAAAAAAAGCAGAUGCUUGCCCACUCGACAGUAAGUAACUCCGCUCCUGUGCCACAUAUUUCACUAAGGACUCGAGAAAAUUUUUGUCAGGAAAUUGGGAGAUGUCCCUUAUGCAGCGUUGCCUUUGUGUUUCGUGAGUGUUAAAAAGUGUUUUGUCGGUUUCCGUCCUGUUUCCGCCACUUUCGUCCGUAUCUGGACGCUUUCGCUCGAUUCCGGCUAGUUCCGUCCGAUUUACAGAUUAUCGACUUUUCCUCCCAAUUAGUUAACGUUCUUGAUGACUUUUCUUUUUUUCUGUAAGUUACCACUUACCAGGCGACAGUAGUUCAUCUGAGGAAAGCAGUGAAGGGGAGGAUGCCAAACCAGCACGGCCGCCUCCUAAAACAGGAAGUGACAGAAAUGAGCGGAAUUACAAGAAGGCCCCAGCAAGUGAUGCGAAUUCAAAGGUGCGAUAAGCGAUGCUCGUGAUUUGCUGGUCGUGUUCUCGUGAACUUUUAUCAUUAGGGAGAUUUAGCACCGCGUUUACGUGAAACGUGAAGGGCAAGAGUGACCACGUAACCACGUCCCGCCAUUUUUCCCGUUUGCGGGUUGCGCUUUGGCGUUUCUGCGUGAAAAUAAGCUGUUCCACGAUUGCCGUGUGUGUAAAAUUUUCUUCACUUUUUCUUUUACAGAGUAGAAUUUUAUUGGCGGAAGAAGGGCACCAAAAACUAUUUCCUAUAAGUCGUAUAAGGGCAGAUGAAGUUUUACGUUAAAAAUCCUUCAAAUGCCGAGGUGACAUGAACUAAUGCAAAGCUAAAGUAGAAAGGUUUACGCUAUUUUACGUGAAACAUGACGUUUGCCGUUUCAUGUAAACGCGAUGCUAAAUAUUUCUAUUGUAUACAACUCAAGUGUGGUACAAAACAUUUGGAUCCUCAGUCAGCCCAUUGGUUAUGUAAAGCAUGAAAUCGAAAAUUACUCUAUCUGGUCUGAACGAAAACGACUCUAAUUUGUUCACAUGCAGAAAGACGACACUCCCGAAGAGAGCGAUAAAACUCUAGUGGCAAAAGUCUCGGGUCCUAAUGAAAAGAAAGGUACGUAGACGCUGACUCACUUCUCAGAAACAAACCUCUACUUUGAAGAAUGAUAGUAACGCAUAGCACUGAAACAUUUCGCAAACACAGACAUGCGACGAAAAAAAGUAUUUGAAAACUAUUAAAAAUGGGGUAAUUGUAAAUGCCGGUUUAGAUUUUGUUGUAACUUUGCCGAGGCUUCUUCGAUCAAAUCUGUUUUCUGUAUUUUUUUUAAAGAUGCAGCCGGGAAAUUAGAGGAGGAAGAUGACAUUUAUGGUGGUUCAACUGACGACGAAUCACCUCAACCGGAAAAGAGUGGUAAAAAUGAAACUGCUCCAUCUCCUUUGAGCCCAAAAGAGACUUCAUCCAGUGAUCAUGAUACAGAGGAUGAAUUAAGAAGGUGAGCAUACCAGAACCUGAAAGCAAAUGAGCCACUACAGUAAUGGCAACAAGAACCGGGCGGGAAAGAAAUGGUUAUGCGUAUUUCAAUUAAUUGUCGUAAAAAGGCGACUAAAAUUAUCCUCAUCGACCAUUCAGAAAAAAGAAAAAUAAUUCAAGAAUACAAGAAGCUAAUGCGCUUUUGGUGAAAACCAAGAACUUGAUUGAAGCGCGGGAAAACGCGCGUGAUCAAGUCGUGAUUGUGUCUUUAUACGGCAUCUGAUUGGUUGAGGGGGCGGAGCGAGUUUUCUUGACCAAUCACAGGGCUUAGCAAUGCAAAACCAAGUCAAUCAAUUCGAUACGUAGUUGAAAAAAGCCCUAACCGAACAUCCCUUCGGAGGUUUUAGGUGUCAUUGGCGGGUAUUCUGACCAUGGGUAUUCAUUUCAUUGAUUUUAUUUUUGUAGAAUCCAAAAAGAAACUGGUGAAGGCGAAGAUAUAUAUGGCGGUACGACUGAUGACGAACAAGGUACGGGAGGAAAAGAUGGCCUUCAAAGAAACACCUCGAAUCCUUUUUUUUUUUAUUAAAAUAUUAAACUCAUGGCUCCUAUCAAUACAAGAUCUCAGCAAAUUCAAAAUCAGAACUAAAAUUGUUUUUCUCCUCAGAACGUUGUUCAAUUUUCGAGAAAGAAUUUUUGACGGGCUCAUUAUUAACAUGUACCAGGAGUUGCCGAUCUCUCUCUACGCUCCUCCAAUUUUUGUCAUAAAUCACAUCAAGAAAUUUUUAGAAAACAUGUCCCCAGACCUCCACCGUUUUUUUUUUUUUUUUGCAGGAAAGGCGGAGUCUGCUGACGAAGUCAUUUCAAGCUCAGAGGACCUUCCCCUGUUACCUGAUUUUUUCUCUCAUAAGCAUUUCAUGCUGUAUGGUGAAAUUGAUGGCAAGACCAGAAGACUGUUGAUAAGAUACAUCACUGCUUAUAAUGGGUGAGGGAUUUGUUUAAUUGUGAAACACUUUUUGUGGGCGUCAAAAAAACUGACUCACCAUCCUCUUUUCGGAAAUUCUUCUCAAUCCUCGGGAUUGUCUUUGAUGUCCCUCGUUACAUUCUCUGCAGAACUAUAGAAGAUUAUAUGAAUGAUAAUGUCGACUUUGUCAUAACCAAUGAGGAUUGGGACAAAAACUUUGAUGAGGUAAGUAAAGUGUGCACUUUGGCUGUUCCCUUUUGUUCUUAAGCAACUGUUUUACAAGCAAUACUUACCACAAUAAGACUAACAUCGAUCUGUUGUUCUGAGUCUAGGUAAUUAUGCAGAAUUACAUGGAACUUAUUUUUGCCGAUGAAAUGACUUGAAAAUAGGAAGGGAAAUUGAAUUCUUUUUUACGCAAAUUCUCAAUGCGGGGUCGGGGGAAAGAGACCUUCGUUUAUGUAUGAAAUUAAAAGAAUUUUAAAAAUCUGGAAAUUGACACAUGUCAGCCAAACUCAUAAUUGUCUUUUACUGUUCCCACAGUGUCUAUUUGAUGUGCUUUAUAAACGUAACCAGUUGUUUUUCCUCUUGUUUCCAGGCCCUCGAUGAAAACCCUUCCCUGGCCUUUGUGCGACCCAGGUGGAUCAUUGUCUGUCACGAAAAGGGCGCCUUUGUUCCAUUUCAGCCAUACAUCAUAGUUCCUUCAUGAUGAAGGCCACGUGAAGUUCACGUGAUCAGCUCGAGAUCGUCGUCAGGGUAAACAAUUACGACCCUGGUUUUCGGAUUCAAGCUACAUAUAUUUGAUAGAACGAAGAUUACUCAAAAACUAGGCGAGAAACGUCGAGAAAAUAUCGGUGUUCUAUCGUUUCAAUGACGAUAUUGGUGGUGCUCCAAAUAUUAGGAAUCUAAAUUUUAUAUACGAAUAAUUUAAUAUCCUUCCGAGUAAAUUCUGUGAACUCAAGACAUGUCAGGAAUUCACAAAGCAUUAGUGAUUGAUAGGCUGCCAAGCAGUAAUCACACAAUAACCACCGCACUUCACAUAUGUGCAAAGUCCAGACUGGCGUGUGACAUAAGGCAUACUCCUUCAGCAUCCACUAUCUGCCUGAUUAAGGGUAGACUAGGAUAUUGUACUAGAUUCUGA